UAAUAGAAACGAAAAUUCAUAUACUUUGCAUAAUAUACUAUUAAAGAAAUGGUUGUUAAAGCCAAUUUUAGUACAUCCAAAGGAGAAUCUGAAAAGAAUUGGGCUCAAGUACUUGCUGUUUUUAUAAGUGGACUUGCUGGUAUAAGCAACGGUCUCCUGUUCUCCUGGCCUUCCCCGUAUUUAGUAAAAAUUACUCAAGACAAAGUUAACUAUGACAUUACAGAAGAAGCAGGUUCCUAUUUCAACAUAAUCCAUCCAUUAUCAUUAAUAUGUGCCUGUCCGUUUUUUGCAAAAUUAAUCGACAUAAUCGGAAGAAAAAGAACAAUGUUGCUAAUAGUCAUUCCUCAAAUUGCAAGUUGGUUGCUAUCAGGUUUUGCAAAAUCUGUUUACGUGUUUUACGCAGCUAGAGUUUGCGCUGGAUUAGCAGAUGGAUGCAUUUUUGCUGUAUUACCAGCUUAUAUUGGAGAAGUAGCGAACCCCUCAGUUAGAGGCAAAUGGGGGAAUAUAAUUCCUACAUCGAUGUAUUUGGGAGAGUUUUUAAUAACUAUAAUUGGUAGUUAUUUUGAUGUGAAAACUGCGAGUUUUAUUUGUUUGCCUUUACCUAUAUUAUUCCUAAUUUUAUUUUCUUUAAUGCCGGAAUCUCCCUAUUACUACAUUAUAAAAGGACGAGAAGAAAAUGCUAAACAAUCUUUGAGGUUUUUGAAACGAAUUAAUAAUAUUGAUGAUAUUUACCAACAGCUUAAAUGUGAUGUCGAAAGACAAAUUGCAGAAUCUGGAACUUGGUGCGAUCUGUUUAAGAUUAAAAGUAACAGGAAAGCUUUGGUUGCAGGACUGUUUUUAAGAUUUACACAGCAGUUGUCGGGUUUUAGCGUUUUUCUAACUUUCACCCAACUUAUAUUCCAAAAAUCUGGUGGGAAUAUUUCGCACGAAACAUCAUCUAUAGUUUAUUUAGGAUUUUGUAUUGCUUUAAAUUUAAUAGCAAUGAUUUUUAUAGUUCCUAGAUUUAAUAGACUAACUUGUUUUGUAUCAUCUACAGCUCUUUGUGGUAUUACAAUGCUAAUUUUGGCUAUAUACCUUUAUGUUGACGAGUGUCUACAUGUAGAUGUAAGUUCUUUCAAUUGGAUACCUCUUACGAUGAUGGUACUUUAUCAAAUUUUCGCAUCUUAUGGAAUAGCAGUGAUACCAACUUUAAUGCUUAGUGAACUGUAUUCAGCUAGUGUCAAAUCUAAAGCAAUGACGCUUUUAUCGAUGUCAUUUGGAGCUGGGAUAUUUAUUGCUAGUUCACUUUUUUAUCAGUUAAAUAUUAAUUUUGGUUUUUAUUCGCCAUUUUUCUUCUUUUUCGCGUGCUGUGGAGUUUCGACAGCUGCGUCUUACUACAUCAUUCCGGAAACGAGAGGAAAAACUCUUGAAGAGAUUCAGGUGAUGUUGAAAGCCAUAUAGAUUUUUUAUUCACAAUUGAAUGUGAUCAAAAUGUACAAAUUUAUUAAAAUUUUU